CUGUCGCGCGCGGUCUUCGCCUGCGCCGGUGUCGAAGUCGAGUUCGAGCUCGGCGGCUGGUCCGGCCUUCUGCCCGCCCUCGUCGCCGGCCAGAUCGACGUGAUGUGGGACACCCUCUACUACACCGCCGAGCGGGCCGAGCAGGUGGACUACAUCGUCUACAUGCAGGCCGGUACCGGCGGUAUGACCCAGAAGGGCAAUCCGAAGAACAUCGGCGGCCUGGACGAUGCCUGCGGCACGGUGUUCUCCGUCGGCCUCGGCACGGUCGAGGAAGCGGCCAUGCGCUCCCAGAGUCAGGCGUGCACCGACGGCGGCAUGGAACCGGUAGAGAUCAUGACCUAUCCGGAUGUCGCCGCCGGGUUCCGGCAGGUCGAGAACCAGCGCGCCGAUAUCAUGAUGUCGGAUCUGAGCCUGCUGACCAAGUACUCGAUCGACAACCCGGACACGACCGAGAUGGCGUUCAAGAUCCUCACCGGCUUCAAGAUCGGCGUUGCCGUCGUCAACGACGCCGACGAUCUGCUUCGGGCCAUCGAGGACGGACUGCGCGUCAUGGAGGCAAACGGCACAAAGCGGGAGCUGUUCAUCAAGUACCAGAUGGACCCCGACCUCGCAUUGGCGACAGAGGUAUUGCGCGAUUAG